AUGGCCACCAUUUUCUCACCUUCCGCCCUCCUCACCACCGCCACCACCGUCGCCGCCGCAUCCUCCUCCUCCACCUCCUCUCCCCACCUCCCUAUUCGAUCCACCACCAAACUACAAUUACCAAACUUAACCACCACCGCCUUAACUGCAACCGCAUUAGCAGCAGCCACCAUCAUAGCGACCACCAUCCCUCCCGCCCUAUCCGCUGAAUCCUACGCCACAUACUACGGCACCGCCGCGAGCGCCGCCAACUACGGCGGCUACGGUGGAAACUCCGACAAGAAAACCUCAGCCGAAUACAUCUACGACAUCCCACAAGGCUGGAAAGAGCGACUCGUAUCAAAAGUUGAGAAGGGAACCAAUGGAACCGAUAGCGAAUUCUACAACCCCAAAAAGAGAACCGAAAAAGAGUACCUGACUUUCCUCGGCGGACUCCGGCAAUUAGCCCCAAAAGAAGCAGUUCUGAACAAUUUGGCACUUUCCGAUGUCAAUUUGCAGGAUUUGAUCGCCGGAGCAGAUAGCGUUAGCUCUGAAGAGACAAAAGAUGAUAAAGGGCAGGUGUAUUAUGUGUAUGAGAUCGAUAGCCCUAGUGCACAUAGUUUGAUUUCAGUUACAUGUGCAAGGAACAAAUUGUAUGCACAUUUUGUAAUGGCCCCUGCAGCAGAGUGGAAAAAAGACCAAGAAACAUUGAAGCAUAUUCAUGAAUCUUUCAAGACUGUUGGAUAG